CCCUGGUCUGAACCCUUUUACUUCGUCGAAUCCUCUCUCAACUUCUAUUGCGCGCCACUCUUACGCUCCAAGAUGCACAGUUCAAUUCUGCUAGCCAUAUGGGCUUUCGUGUCCUUCAUAAUCUAUAAGAUCAUCUCGUCUUUUCUCGAUUCACGCCGGCAUGCUGCCGCCGCUCGCCAGCUCGGAUGCCAGCCACCGCAUCGUAUCGCAAGCAUUGAUCCUCUCGGCCUUCAAAAUGUCUUCAAGAUCGUGAAAGCGGAUAAGGAACAGCGCAUACCCCAGUAUCUCAAGGGCCGUGUUGACGAUGCCUCUGCCGAGAAGGGCAGACCAGUGUCCACGUUCUACCAGCAUCUUAUGGGUGCUAGAAAUUACUUCACCAUGGAGCCCAAGAACAUCCAGGCUAUACUCGCUACGCAAUUCAAGGACUUUGGACUGGGGGAGAGGAGGAAUGGAAACUUUUCUCCCCUUCUUGGGUGGGGCAUCUUCUCUACAGACGGAAAAGAAUGGGAGCAUGCGAGAGCGUUGCUGAGACCACAGUUUGCUCGAGACCAGGUGAGCGAUCUCGAGCUCGAGGAGAGCCAUGUGCAAGAUAUGAUGCGGGUUAUACCUGCGAACAAGGAUGGAUGGACAGACAUUAUCGACCUGCAGCCGCUAUUCUUCCGCUUGACAAUCGACUCUGCGACUGAGUUCCUGUUCGGCGAGAGCGUAGACUCCCAGCUCUCACUUUUACCCGAUUAUGUUUCAAGCAAAGCUCCUAUGACCGUCAGCGAGCACGAGUUCGCUGUUUCAUUCGACGCAGCUCAAAACACCAUCGCUAAAGCUUCUCGUCUUGGUGAAGGGUAUUGGCUUGUCUACGAUAAGACAUUUAAGGAGCACUGCAACCGCUGCCACACCUUCAUCGACCACUAUGUCCAGCUUGCGCUCUCAAAAGAGAAGACUUCCACCCAAACAACAUCACAUGGAAAACCAAGGUACGUCUUUCUGGACGCGCUUGUUGAGUCAACUCGCAACCCCAUCGAACUUCGUUCUCACCUAAUCUCGAUUCUCCUUGCUGGUCGUGACACAACGGCCUCCCUACUCUCAUACGUCUUCAUGCUCUUCAUUCAGCAUCCCGAUGUUUACGCCAAACUGCGCGCGAUCAUCCAAGAGGAAUUCGGAACCUACAGAAAUUCCAAACCCCUUACCUUUUCGAACCUGAAAGGCUGCAAUUACCUUCAAUGGGUCAUCAACGAGACGCUACGUCUCUACCCCGUCGUCCCCCUCAACGGCCGCCGCGCCCUCCGUGACACUACCCUCCCUACCGGCGGCGGCCCAGACGGUACUGCACCCAUCUAUGUGCGGAAAGGCGAGCAAGUCGACUACAGUGUGUAUAUCAUGCACCGGCGCAAAGACCUCUGGGGCCAGGAUGCCGAUGAGUUCAAGCCUGACAGAUGGGAUGGUAGGAAGAGUGGGUGGGAGUAUCUGCCGUUCAAUGGAGGACCGCGCAUAUGUAUCGGCCAGCAAUUUGCACUCACAGAGGCUGGCUAUGUGAUUGUAAGGUUGGUGCAGAGAUACGAGAAGAUGGAGGGCAUUGGGAAUACGUGGGAGGACAAGGAGAGGGGUGGGGUAGGCUUCGUGAGACAUGCACUGAGUUUGACAGAGCGUCCUUCUGAUGGGGUCAGGGUGAGGAUGAAGGAGGCACGGGACUAACACGGACAUUUGUUAAUUAUAAUAGGCUUUGAAUGUAUUACGCGGUUGAAACAUGUUUUCAGAAUCACGACUCUACUCUUACGUUUAAAGGCACUAUACACAUGAAAAUGACGCAAUUUGCGGUGUCGUACAAAUAGC